AUGGCGCGUGCAGAGGGCAGCAGGGCACACGGGGCGCACAGGGCAGUAGGGCAGCAGGGCAGCAGGGCGCACAGGGCAGCAGGACAGCAGGGCGCGCGGGGCGCACAGGGCUGCAGGGCGCGCGGGGCACACAGGGCAGCAGGGCGCACAGGGCUGCAGGGCAGCAGGGCGCGCGGGGCAAACAGGGCAGCAGGGCGCACAGGGCUGCAGGGCAGCAGGGCGCACAGGGCUGCAGGGCAGCAGGGCGCGCGGGGCGCGCAGGGCUGCAGUGCGCGCAGGGUGCGCAGGGCAGCAGGACAGCAGGGCGCGCAGGGCUGCAGGGCGCACGGGGCGCAGCAGGGCUGCAGGGCGCGCGGGGCACGCAGGGCAGCAGCAAGGGCUGUAGCGGCAACAGCAAGGGCUGUAGCGGCAGCAGCAGGGCAGCAGGGCGCACAGGGCUGCAGGGCAGCAGGGCGCACAGGGCAGCAGGGCGCGCGGGGCGCGCAGGGCUGCAGGGCGCGCGGGGCGCACAGGGCUGCAGGGCGCGCGGGGCGCACAGGGCAGCAGGGCAGCCGGGCGCACAGGGCUGCAGGGCAGCAGGGCGCGCGGGGCAAACAGGGCAGCAGGGCGCACAGGGCUGCAGGGCAGCAGGGCGCACAGGGCUGCAGGGCAGCAGGGCGCGCGGGGCGCGCAGGGCUGCAGGCAGCAGGGCAGCAGGGCGCGCGGGGCGCAGCAGGGCUGCAGGGCGCGCAGGGCGCGCAGGGCAGCAGCAAGGGCUGUAGCGGCAACAGCAAGGGCUGUAGCGGCAGCAGCAGGGCAGCAGGGCGCACAGGGCUGCAGGGCAGCAGGGCGCGCGGGGCGCAGCAGGGCUGCAGGGCGCGCGGGGCGCGCAGGGCAGCAGCAAGGGAUGUAGCGGCAACAGCAAGGGCUGUAGCGGCAGCAGCAGGGCAGCAGGGCGCACAGGGCUGCAGGGCAGCAGGGCGCACAGGGCUGCAGGGCAGCAGGGCGCGCGGGGCGCGCAGGGCUGCAGGGCGCGCAUGGCGCGCAGGGCAGCAGGACAGCAGGGCGCGAGGGGCAAACAGGGCAGCAGGGCGCACAGGGCUGCAGGGCAGUAGGGCGCGCAGGGCUGCAGUGCGCGCAGGGCGCGCAGGGCUGCAGGGCAGCACAGGGCUGCAGAUCCCCUCCCCCCCACCGCUGCACCCACAGCAGGGGGAUGGAGGAGAAGUGGGGGGGGGGGGGCUGAUGCUGCAAAUCCCCUCCCCCCACUGCUGCUGCAGAUCCCCUCCCCCCCACUGCUGCACCCGCAGCAGGGAUCCCCUCCCCCCCACUGCUGCACCCGCAACAGGGGUGGAGGAGAAAGGGGGGGGCGGGGGGGGGGGCUGGUGCUGCAGAUCCCCUCCUGCCUCCCUCUGA